AUGGCGUCCAAUUCGCAAUCGCUGUUCCAUGAUCCGCACAACCCACACGGUAGCCCGGGUCACCGAAGACUCUCGCUGCGUCACCCCCCUAAGCUGCCCCACGAGGCCGACGACAGCAGCCUGUGCGAGCACGACCACCACUCCCGCCCGCGCACCAGCAGACAUCCGCCCGCCCAAGACUCCGACGACAAAGACGACGGCAUCUCGCUUUCCUCGACCAGCAAGCAGGUCGUCAAGACCAUAAAGCCCUUUUUGGCCCAGCACAUCCCCCACCAAUACAACCCCUCCGGGAGCAUGGAUCAGCCAAGCACAAAGUACUGCUACCGACAUCGCCCGGACGUCAAAUGCCGGCGCCAGGCCAACGAACCCUCCAUGGAGCAGCUGCAGAUGGAACUUGGCUCCCUCUCACAGUCCGAUCAGCAAGGCAUCGCCCACGUAUGGUCGCUCUUCUCCGCCGCCCCGUCCAAACACCGCAACCUCAUUCUCCAAGGCAUUCUUGCGCAAUGCUGCUUCCCUCAGCUUUCCUUCAUCUCCGCUUCAGUUCGCGACCUAAUCAAGAUCGACUUUAUUUCUGCCCUCCCGCCCGAGUUGGGCUUCAAGAUUCUGUGCUACCUCGACACGACGUCGCUGUGCAAGGCCGCGCAAGUCAGCCGGCGAUGGCGGCAGAUGGCUGACGACGACGUGGUCUGGCACAAGAUGUGCGAACAGCACAUUGACAGGAAAUGCACCAAGUGCGGCUGGGGCCUGCCUCUGCUCGAGGCCAAGCGGUUGAGGACGGAAAAGCGGCAGAUGCAGCUGCGCGCCACCGGGAGGGGCUUGAACGAAUGGUCACCGGUCAUCACCCCUCUUCCCGCCCAAGACACCGCUAGUCACGAGACCACUGCUGGCCCCGGCACCCUCAAGCGCCGCGUCUCCAGCGACCUUUCGGCGGGGAGCUCGAAGCGCCCCUGCACGCAAGGCGUCGGCGCAGACGGAGAUGGCGCCGUGGAUUACUUCCAGCCCCGGACCAAGAGGCCCUGGAAGGACGUUUACAAAGACCGCUUCAAGGUGGGCACCAAUUGGAAGUACGGUCGCUGCACCACCAAAGUGCUCAAGGGUCACACCAACGGCAUCAUGUGCUUGCAGUUUGACGACUCAAUUAUCGCGACUGGUUCUUAUGACGCCACGAUCAAGAUCUGGAACAUUGAGACGGGCGAGGAGAUCCGCACGCUCACCGGUCACCGCGCCGGUGUCCGUUGCCUGCAAUUUGAGGGAAGCCGGCUGUUCAGCGGGUCGCUCGACCGGGAGAUCAGGCUCUGGGACUGGCAGAAGGGCCAGUGCCUGCGCACCUUCCCUGGCCACACCGGCGGCAUCGUCACCCUGCACCUGGCGAACAACGUCCUGGCGACGGGAAGCAUGGACCACAACAUCCGGGUCUGGGACUUCCCCGACAAGGCGACGUUCAACCUCAAGGGCCACACCGACUGGGUCAAUGCCGUCAAGAUCGACUCGGCGUCGCGCACCGUGUUCUCGGCGUCGGACGACUGCACCGUCCGCCUCUGGGACCUCAACACGAAGCGCUGCCUGAAGGUGUACAAAGGCCACGUAGGCCAGGUGCAGCAAGUGCUGCCGAUGCCGCCGGAGUUUGAGCUCGACGACGACGAGCCCGACAUGCACUCUGACCACGACCACCUGCCGGACGAGGAGUCGGACACGGACGCCGACGGCGCAGCGCCGCCCGCAGCCAGCACGGCCGACAUGCUGCGCUACUUCAGCCCAAUGACGCCGCCAACCAGCAGUUCGUCAGACGAACGCGCCUUCUUCGCCGAUCAGCCGCUGCGGCCGCAGCCACCGCGCUACAUGCUAACAGGCGCGCUGGACGGGACGAUACGGCUCUGGAGCGUGGCGUCGGGACGCGUGCUGCGCACGUUUUUCGGGCACGUCGAGGGCGUGUGGGCCGUGGCGGCGGACACGCUGCGGCUGGUGUCCGGGGCCGAGGACCGCAUGGUCAAGGUGUGGGAUCCGCGGACGGGGCGCUGCGAGCGCACGUUUACGGGCCAUGCGGGGCCGGUCACUUGCGUAGGGCUCAGCGACUCGCGGCUCGUUUCUGCGGGCGAGGAUUGCGAGGUCCGGGUCAUGAGUUUUGGGUGUAGUGAUGGGGAGAGUGGGGGGAGUGCUAGUGGAAGCGCGAGUGCGAGUGUUACGCCGACGGGUGCGGCGGCGGCGACGACGACGACGACGACGACGACGACGACGACGACGGCUACGGCUUCGACGACUGCGGCUACGGCUACGACGGCGUCGUAG